AAACAUUGGAACCGGGGUCUUGGGGCCCGAGGAAGCGUCCGAACGGCAGGAUUGUUCUCGCAGCCCCAGUGGCGGUGAGCUUGUGUGCAGUGCGGGGAAGGUCUGGGAAGCUGAGGCGGCUGGGGCGUGAGGGGGACGAUGGCGCUCUCCAGCACGGUCUCUCGGAGGAAGCACGUAAAGCGGAAGGCUCCCCGCGGCUUUCUAAAGCGCUUCUUCAAGCGACAGAAGCCUCACCUCCGCCUGGAGAAAAGUGGCGACUUACUGGUCCAUCUGAGCUGUUUACUGUUUGUUCAUCGGUUAGCAGAAGAAUCCAGGACAAAUGCUUGUGAGAAUAAGUGUGGAGUCAUUAACAAGGAACAUGUACUGGCUGCAGCAAAGGUAAUUCUGAAGAAGAGCAGAGGUUAGAAGUCAAAGAACACAUUCUUGAAAAUUACAUGAUGUAUUAUUUUAG